AUGGUUAGACUCUUUGAAAUAUCGACUGAGGUGAUCGAAAUCAUUCUCGACUUUCUGGAUACAUCAGAUCUGAUUACGUUUUCUCUCACGUGCAACUCACUUUAUCGAAUCGUCAGUUCCAAGCGGUUCGGUUUAAUUCUCCCAAAGUGGCAUGGUUUAUCAUAUAAUAUUCCCGAAGACAGAGUUGCAGAGAUCGGACUGUACUAUCGUAACGCCGUUUUGAUUGGAUCAACAUUAUACAUACUCGUUCUUUCUACCGAAAAUCCAACAGCUUGGAAUAUAGAUUUAGAUGAGAAAAUCCCUAAAUGGGUCUGCGUUUCUGUGAAAGUAUGCGAUUCAUAUCGACCUGUCAAACAUCCGGCAACGUCAUCGAUUCUGAACAAAAUAUAUAUCCAUGGUGGCACAGAUCUGCUCACCGGAAAACCAACAAACAUUUUGUACGAGUUUGACGUACGUGAUAUGCAACUGCAUAUUCUAGCGCAGAACGGAACGAUUCCUUCCCCUCGUUCGAUGCAUACGCUUAGUGCAAUCGAUCAUAACCGCCUAGCGAUCUACGGCGGUCAAUGUGUGACUGACGAUGGUCCGUACAGUAGUAAAGACUUUGCAACGUACGACAUUACAAACAAAGUCUGGGCGCUUCAUAAUCAAAUGCUCAAUCUUCCAUAUGCAAGAUCCUUGCAUUGCACGUUAAAAGCCCGUGGUAAGCUUUAUAUCUAUGGAGGCCAGCAGAUCGUCUCAAAACGAGACGAGAUACAUGCUGAUAGCAAUAUGUGGGCAUAUGAUAUACAAAAUAGUAAAUGGUUAAGGUAUCUCUCUUCGACAGUUUAUUCGCUAGGACUUCCACCUGAAUGGGUUUUCACCGACGGACGGAAACAAAGUCCUGGUCGACGGGUUGGCACUGCAAUGUUUUGCUUAAGAGACCGCGUUGCUAUAAUUGGUGGUGCCGUUAACGACAAUUGGAAGAAAAACGAAAACGAAAAACUUUGGGAAUAUCUAAAGAUAUUCUCACCUUUGAAAAAAUCUUGGUGUCAUAUUCGAGUCCAGGGUUUACCACGCAUGCGUUGCGUUGCGUUCGUUGGUAACUGGACUAGUUGCAUAAGAAAGGCUUUUCUUAUUGGUAAUGAUGCAGAUACGGGAAAGAUAACGAUGGGGUGGAUAGUUGGUUGA